UGUGGGGAGGUUGGACGACCCUGUCCCUGCGGAUUGCGGCUCCGGUCGAGCUAACGGAGCGCUGCGGAGUGUAUUUCCAAUGUGAAGAGCGAGAAAGCCGCCUAGAGGUACACAGUAGCUGCAGUGCCCCGCCAUCAGCAGCGGGGCCUUCCCACUGCUUGCACGGAGUACCUUAUCCCCCAAGAACAGGCCUCGAACACCUCAUCGGCACCGCGCCCGCAAAGCAUCACCAGCGCGGUACUCACCAUCUGCCAUCGAAUUUAACACCGCCACUUCUCAUAUCCACAAAUACAAUGACUAAAUCCGACCUCGACCUCCUGCUCGAGAUGGGCUUCGAGCAGGCUCGUGCCGAGCUCGCAGUCAAGAAAACCGGCGGCCUGCAACAAGCCCUGAACUGGCUGGAGGAAAAUCAGGACAAGCCCCUGGAAGAGCUACAAGCAAGCCAGUCGGCCGCCACAACUGCUGGCGGGGGCGACCAGGAGGGCAACUCAUCAGCUUCUCCGGGGGAGACGGCCCGCUCUCUCGUCUGCAACGAGUGCGGCAAGAAGUUCCGCAACCAUGAUCAAGCCUCGUUCCACGCCUCUAAGACAGACCACACCGACUUCUCCGAGUCAACGGAUGAGAUCGCGCCGCUAACAGAGGAAGAGAAGAAGGCCAAACUGGAGGAGCUCCGAAAGAAGCUGGCGGAGAAGAGGGCAAAGCAAGCCGUCGCGGACAGGGAAGAAGCGAAGCGGAAUGAGCAAAUCCGCUUGAAAUCCACCAAGGAGACCCAGGACCUUAAGGAAGAGCUCCAGCGCAAGGAGCAGAUCAAGGAGGCGGCCAAGAAGCGGCAGGAGAAGCGCGAGGACCUUGAGGCCAAAAAGCGGAUCAAGGCCCGCAUCGAGGCUGACCGGGCGGAGCGCAAGCGCCGGGAGGAGGAAGCCAAGGCCAUGAGAGAGGGCAAGCCUCUGCCGGGCCAGACGGCCCCGCCGGCGGCUCCCGCUCCCGCAGCCUCGGCACCCGGCCCGGCGGCGGCCGUUGCUCGACUACGGCUCCAGACUAGCAAGGGGAACAUCGUCAAGUCCUUCCCGAGCGAGACUACGCUGUUCGAGGUCGCCCAGCAGAUCGAAGGGGAGAUCGGUGCGCCUGUCACCAGCUUUUCGAUGACCUUCCCGAAGAAGACAUUCGAGGCCGGCAUUGACUUCGGGCAGACCCUCGCCGAGGCCGGUCUGACGCCUAGUGCGGUGCUGCUUGUCAAAUGAGAGGGGAGCUCUGCGAGGCUGCGGACGGAUACGGUUGUCGGCCGGCGCUAGCCAUUGCCUUCAGCUCGUCCCCCUCUUCUACGAUCAUCAUACGAAUGAUCAAAUAUCAGUGACACGGCGUUCUAGGACGGGAUAUGGAGUUCGGCCUUGCUUCUGGGAAGAUGAGGGGCUGGGAAAGCUACGCCACCCGACUUGGGCGUCAGGUAUCACGGUUUACACUACUGUUAGAUGGGUGCGUCUUUCGAUCCAUUCUGGUCUCGGAAAGGGCGCACAGAAAAGCGCCCUUGUUUCUACAUCUGCACUG